AAGGAAGUGACGUGUCGUCGGCGGUCGAAGGAAGUUUGCCCGGUGCUGCUGGAAGAAACUUUCCCCGGAGCGUCUGACUGGAGUGGGAAUCUGGCAGUAGGCGAUAGUACGACGGUGGAGUCAAAGCCAGCUGUGGAGGGAACUGUUGUUUUCCGUGGUACUGCCAAAGCAAGUACAUUUUUUAGGUGGAAAGAAGAACGUAAAGAAAUUCUGCCUGAACUGGUACCGUGUAGUAGCUUUCCCCCUUUCUCCCCCUAUCUCCCUCUCCCUUCUCGAACUGAGAAUGGGGAAGGAGCAGGAACUCCUGGAGGCGGCCCGCACAGGCAAUCUUGCCGCCGUUGAAAAGCUUCUCUCUGGGAAGCGACAAUCGGCAGGGGCCGGAGGCGGAUCCUCGGGAACUGGGGGAAGCAGCGGCAGCGGUGGCCACAGUUCAUCAUCUCAUCCCCUCUCCAGUUUGCUCAGUAUUUGGAGGGGGCCCAAUGUGAACUGCGUGGACAGCACUGGAUACACACCCCUCCACCACGCCGCUCUGAAUGGACACAGCGGGGUAGUGGAAGUGCUGCUGAGGAACGAGGCGAUGACCAACAUCGCCGACAACAAGGGCUGCUACCCCCUGCACCUGGCCGCCUGGAAGGGGGACCAGUGCAUCGUCCGGCUGCUCAUCCACCAGGGGCCCUCGCACCCCAAAAUCAACGAGCAGAGCUCUGUAGACAACAAAGAGUUCAAACGCUGCGGACCCUUUGAUCCGUUUAUUAACGCCAAGAACAACGACAACGAGACCCCCCUGCACUGCGCCGCGCAGUACGGCCACUCCGAGGUGGUGCGCCUCCUGCUGGAGGAGCUGACCGACCCCACCAUGCGCAACAACAAGUUUGAGACGCCGCUGGACCUGGCGGCGCUCUACGGCCGGCUGGAGGUGGUCAAGCUGCUCCUCAACGCCCACCCCAACCUGCUCAGCUGCAACGCCAAGAAGCACACGCCCCUGCACCUGGCCGCCCGCAACGGACACCUGCCCGUGGUGGAGGUGCUGCUGGAGGCCGGCAUGGACAUCAACUACGAGACGGAGAAGGGCAGUGCCCUGCAUGAGGCAGCGCUGUAUGGGAAGACUGAUGUGGUGCAGAAGCUGCUGAGAGCAGGGAUCGAUGUCAACAUCGUGGACGCUAAGGGCCUGACCGCGCUGGACACCGUCAGGGAGAUGCCCUCUCAGAAGAGCCGCCAAAUCGCAGCGCUCAUCCUGGGUCACUUGACAGGAACUCCCCCAGACAUGGCCCUGCCUCCUCCCCCUGCCCCUCCCCCCUCGUCUGAAGAGAGCCUCAGCCCCAAGAAAAAAGGCUGCAUGGAUCAGCAGGUGAGUGAGCUGAUCUCAGGGCUGGCCCCAGGGCCGGAGGAGGAGAGCCCGUACGAGGCGCUGUUUGAGGCCACGUCCUGCCACUCUCUGGACAGCCUGGCCAGCGGCAAGUCCUCCGACAGAGACUCCGGCCGGCCGGACAGUGAGGCGGGCAAGAAGGAGCGGCCGGUCCCCCCCUCACAGCCCCCACCUGACCAAGCGGAGGAAGUCAGCUCAGAGGCCCUGUACAUCAACAGCAGCAUGAACGAGAGGAGCAAGCCUGUGGAGGAGGAGGAGGACCACACCUACGAGCUGCUGCUGUCUGCCCAGACCCAGUUCAGACAGGACCCCCCAUCCAAGUCAGGAACGGAUGAAGAUGGUGCAUUCCAGUCUUCCAACAGCCUCCUACCUCAGAACCGGAAGCCAGCUGCGCCCGGUGACCUCCGACCCCCGGGCCAGUCCUCCGACACCCUGCAGCCCCCGGGGCAGACGUUUGGGCCCGGCCGGGCGGGGCUCAGAAUCCCUUCAGAUAACGCUCAGGACCCGGGCCCCGCCGUCCCGGAGCAGUUCACGGGCCUCCUGCACGGAUCCUCGCCCGUCUUCGAGUGCCGGGAGGAGCCCUUCAGAGAGGCCGCCGCCGCCGCCGCCGCCGCUGAGAGCCAGGAGCCCCGGCCGUCAGACCCCCCGCCCGCGCCGCAGCCCCCGGCGACAGCAGCCAUGGCGACCGCCCCCCUGCCGGACCCCAAGGCCAUCUACGCCACCGUGGUGCACACCAAGGACCGGGCCAAGGCUCGGGAGCGCGGGCGAGACAAGGACAGGGACUCUCCCUCGCCCGCGCCCCCCGCCGCGCCCCUCGGCCCGCCCCCCGGGCGCACGCGGCCCCCCGGGGACCUGAAGCUGGCCCGCAGCCUCUCCAAAUCGGACUCGGACCUGCUGGUGUCCCCCCCCGGCGAGGAGGAGGGGGGGCUGGGCAGCCGCAGCGAGUCGGUGUCCAACUGCAGCGCCGGACACAAGCGGCUGGAGAAGUCGCCCUCCUUCGCCUCCGAGUGGGACGAGCAGACACAGAGAGUUCCGUCCACAAACCCUCGGAGAACUCAGUCCUUUCACAGCAUCGAGAAGAUCAUGACCCUGAUUGGAGCUGGAAUAGACUUCUCCAGAGAUCAGCAAUCAACUGACUCAGGUGGGCGGGGCCUGGACCAGCCCGUGGGCGACUGGCUGGAGCUCGUGGGCCUGCCGCAGUACGAGAGCAAGCUGCUGCUCAACGGCUUCGACGACCUGCGCUACAUGGGCAGUAAUGUGAUGGAGGAGCAGGACCUGCGGGAGAUCGGGAUCACUGACCCAGGCCACCGGAGGAAGCUCCUGCAGGCGGCGCGCUCCCUGCCCAAGGUGAAGGCGCUGGGCUGCGAUGGCAGCACGUCGCUGUCCUCCUGGCUGGACACGCUGGGCCUGCAGGAGUACCUGCACAACUUCCUGUCCAGCGGCUACCGCACGCUAGACUGCGUGAAGAACCUGUGGGAGCUGGAGAUCGUCAACGUGCUGAAGAUCACGCUGCUCGGACACAGGAAACGCAUCAUCGCAUCUCUAGCAGAGCGGCCCUAUGAGGAGCCCCCCGUCAAGCCCCCGCGCCUCUCCCAAAUCAGGUGUCAGGACCUGGUAUCCCAGCCCUCUUCCCCGCUCAGUCACAUGGACUCCUACACCGGCCGCUCCAUGGACCCGCUUCUACCCCCUGCGGAUUCUGGGAGGAGGAGAGGUGGUGACUCCGACUACGACACAUCACACCGCUCCCACGGCGAGCGGCAUCGCACUCAUGAUCGGCACGAGGACCGGCCGCGGGAGCCCCGCCUGACCCUGCGGCCCCCCAGCCUGGCCGCGCCCUACGCCCCCGUGCAGAACUGGCACCACCAGCCCGAGAAGCUCAUCUUCGAGUCCUGCGGCUACGAGGCUAGCUAUCUGGGAUCCAUGCUCAUCAAAGAUCUUCGGGGCACUGAGUCCACCCAAGAUGCCUGUGCGAAGAUGAGGAGGUCGACGGAGCAGAUGAGGAAGGUCCCCACCAUCGUCCUCUCCAUUACGUACAAAGGGGUCAAGUUCAUCGACGCAGCCAAUAAGAACAUCAUCGCGGAGCACGAGAUUCGGAACAUCUCCUGUGCUGCCCAGGACCCUGAGGACUUGUGCACCUUCGCCUACAUCACCAAGGACCUGCAGACCAGCCACCACUACUGCCACGUCUUCAGCACUGUGGAUGUGAACCUGACCUAUGAGAUCAUCCUCACCUUGGGACAGGCGUUUGAGGUGGCCUAUCAGCUGGCUCUCCAGGCGCAGAGGAACAAGCACCACCACGGGGCCCCGUCCGGACUGGGGUCAGAGGUCAUUGAGACCAAAUCCAGCCGGCCGGUGCCCAAGCCGCGGGGCAGCAUGCGGAAAUCAGCGGGCCCUCCUCUGCUCGAGAGCCGCUGCUGUUACUGUCACACCUGCACAACCCACCGCCCCUCCUUCCUCCCGCUGCACUCUGUCAGUCCUGGAGUCCAGAUGGACCCCAUGGAGCUGGAGACGGACGCACAGUCCCAGGGCAGCGCCACGUGGCUGGUGGACCCCAAGGACUCCAAGCGCACCAUAAGCACCAAGUAUGAGACAACCAUAUUCUGAGCCGGCCCACCGCUCCGCCCCUUCCUGCCUUUCCCCCACCCCUUCUGCUCCGUGCCUUCUCACUGUGACUCCGCCUCCCACUGGGCUGGCCCCUCCCCGUCUCCUCUCUCUUUGCUCCUCCCACUUCCUGUCACGGCCCCGCACUACCGGCUCUGGCCCACCCCGCAGAAUGCCCCUCCCCCCUGCCGCCCUCCUUCAUCCGGCCCACCUUGUGCCCUUCUCCAGCUGCUGCUGCGACUACAGCUACUUCUACAACUCCUGUCUCAACCGACUAACCGGACUUCACUCACCUGCUGAUCCCACCCACCUCCCCUCAAACCCAGCUGCCUCCACGUCUGCCCCUCCCCUGACCUUUUGAUUUCUCUGAUUGCUUUUUCUGCUUUCAUCUGUAUCCUCCAUGCUAUUGGUUGUUUUCCAACUUUUAUAAUUUGAUCUAUAAUCAUAUUUCAGCCCGGGGACUUGAUGUCCAAGUUAUCAACAAGCUCUACUUGUUCUUUGCUUUUCAUUUCUUUUGUUAACCAGAUAGAUUUUGGUUUUUUCCAAUUAGAAAAUUUCAAUGAGAUUUUGGCAGUAGGCCCAGGAGCACACAUUUUUAUUAUCCUUUGUUGAGUUGUUUUUUCUUAUACCAAAGUGGCAGUCAUCUUAGGGCAGGCUUUGCGCGAUGGACACACUAUGUUUUUUUUUUUUGGGUUGGCUCAACCAGACCCCAUGCCACCAGCCAAGCUCCGCCCCUCUCAUCCAAGGUCUUUCACUUUAUGGAAAAUCUUAUUUAUCCUAUUAAUCUGCUUUUUUGGUGUUUUGACCUUCCUCUCUCGUUCCUCUUCAGCGAUUUAAUCUUUCCCUUCUGGCACUCGUCCUGUCUUGCCAGGUUUAGACCACUGUGAGGAGCUGUGAAGGACUGCUUUCUCCCUUCUGUUCUCCAUUAGUCACCUGCCUGGUAGUUUUACAACAAAAAAAAAACGAAUUAAAAAAUCUUUGCGAUCUAGCUUUGCAAAUUUGACACAGUUGGUCAUCAAAAAACUAUUUUUGCUAAACUUAUUUUUUGGAUCAGAUUUCACUAGAAUAAGAUUCUAGAAUAUUCCUCCCUGCCCUUGCUCUGCCCCGCCCUGCCCCAUUGCUUACUCUUUUCCAUGUGGUGACGGCACCCAUUGGUCUAAACUCAUGCGCUUGUUAGAGUUUGGAGACCGGACCCCACUCAGCUGGAAAGAGGAGUCCGAUGUCAGCACACUGUACUGUACAGGAUUACGCUGCACUGUGUGAGAUUAUACUUUGUAUUACCACCACCAGUAACAUCAGCAGUGUGUCUCUCUGCAAAUAGGGGAGAACCCAAGCUGCCUUUUUCUACUUGACUUGUUUCAGUACUCUUUUGUAACCUAGCCAUCAGAGGAAGUCACACUGUGAUGUGAGUUGCGUUUGUAGUUAAUUUAGUUCUAUAGCGGUUAGUAACUCUGAAAUAAAGGGAAGUGAUAUUAAGGUAGAGGAUAUCCCGCCCUGUGGAAAAUGAUGCCAGUCAUUCAGUCCGUCUCUCUGACGGA